AAAAAUCUAGAUGUAAAAAAAUUAUGCACUUGUGACGAACAUAUUGGACGGGAGCUCCUCAAUGAAAAAGUUUUUGUAAGCUAUUCGUUAUUUUCUGAUGGAGAUAAACUUAUAGAAUACAGAUGCUCUGAGUGGCUGAUGGAUCAAUUUGAGGAGGCAACUAGAAAUGUAAGGUAUACGAUGCUGUUGUACCAUACAGUGGGUCCAAAAAUUACAUUCGUAACAGAAAAGCAGAUAUACAAGAAAACGGAAGAUGGUGGAUAUUUGGUAUCCAAAUCAGUGCAGAAUUCUGGAACACCUUGUGCGGACAGUUUUUUUGUAAGGUGUACAUAUUGUCUAAUAAAAGUCGAUGAUAGUCAUUCACGAUUGCUUGUUAAUGGCGGAUUAUUCUUUAAAAAAAGUGUAUGGAAAUUUCUUAAAGUUAUGUCAAAAACGCCAGAAUCCAUUAAUGACACAAGUGAUAUCAGCGAUGAGAGUAAUAAUAAGUAA